AGAAAGAUGAAAGCAUACAUCAUUCUCUUGAUUGUCAUCUGUGGACUGACUAAAGCUUUGAUUAGAGAGCAUGUCUAUUUGAGGAUACCCAAGAACUGGACUGAUGCUCAGAGUUACUGCAGGACAUAUUAUGAAGAUUUGUCAACCAUCACAAGUCAAGAAGAACAAGACAUGCUUAUACAGCUGUCAGGAGGAAACCAAAUAUUUCAAUGGAUCGGGCUCUACAGUCACAUACAACACACUAGAAACUGGCUGUGGUCUGAUGGAAAUUCAGUCUCCUUCACUGACUGGGACAAAGGCCAGCCUAAUAAUGUGAAUGGAAGUCAGUACUGUGUCGCAACAAUCAACAAGUGGAAUGAUUAUUACUGUAAUUAUUUGUUGCCUUUCUUCUGUAUUAAAACCAAAUUCAUCCUGGUGAAAGAGAAGAUGACAUGGGCGGAAGCGCUGCAGUACUGCAGGACUAACCACACUGAUCUGGCCAGCAUCACCACUGAGAGACAAUUACAGCUGACAAAAAAUGAGACAAGAGAAUCUCAGACAGAAAGUGUGUGGACAGGCCUGCGUUACCUGGUUGGUCAGUGGUUCUGGAUCAACAACAAGCCUAUAGGGAUUCAGAUUUCACUGCCAGAGUGCCCAACUCAGCCCUGUCGUUGUGGAGCCCGUAACACAAAAACUGACAAAUGGGAGAACAGAGACUGUGACGAGAAGCUCAACUUCCUCUGCAACUGAUC